UUACGUUCGUUCGCCGCUUGGGCUCCAUGGCUUCUCUGGGCAGGCAGGUUUGUGAAUGGCACCGUCUAAAGGCCCUCUCCUGGGCCUGUUUGUCUAGGCAGACACCUCAUCUCAGAGAAUGGAAAGGGAUGGGUCCUCCUUUGUUUUGUAAACUGACUCCAGUACCCGAUGGAGAACACCUUCGAGAGUCAUCCUGUGUUAGACCCAAAAAGUAUGUGCUGGGGCCAGAAUACAGGACACAUCUUGUUCAGUGUCCUCAUGAGGAACAGAAGACUGGUGUGGAACCCAAGUCCUUGGAGCUUGAAAAGAUCGCCAGUUCCCUCUGGGACAUGGGUUUUGACGAAGCCCAUAUUAACAGUUUGCUCAAUAUACGGCCAAGUGUCCAUCCUCAACAGUUGCUGGACAUAAUUUCAGAACGUCUACUCUUAGUUGUGGCUAUGAAGAAAAGUCCACAGUUACUGACACUGUCUACGAUGCAAAUGAAAAGGCGUUCCAUUUACCUGCGGAAGCUUGGUCUUGGAGAUGGCAAACUAAAGAGAGUGCUUCAUGGUUGCCCUGAGGUUUUCACCAUGCGUCAGCGGGACAUCGACAGGGUGGUGAAGAUCCUCAAGGAGAAGUGUUCAUUCACAGUACAGCAAAUCAUUGAGCUUUUGCACAGAUGCCCAGGUGUUUUUCAGGAGGACCCCAGUGAACUAGAAUACAAAUUCCAGUAUGCAUAUUUUCGGAUGGGACUUAAGCAUCUGGACAUAGUCAGGAGUGAUUUCUUACAGUAUUCAAUAACCAAGAUCAAGCAGAGACACGUGUGCCUAGAACGCCUUGGACGGUACCAAACCCCUGAUAAGAAGGCGCAGACACAGAUCCCUAAUCCUUUACUAAAGGACAUUCUCAGAGUUUCUGAAGAGGAGUUUUUGGCCAGGACAGCGUAUUCCUCUGAUGAGGAGUUUGAGGUUUUUAAAAAGCUCUUGGAUCGAGAAGAGAAGGAAUCUGAGAGCCAUGCAUCUGAGGAGGAGGAAGAAGAGGAAGAGGGAGAGGAGGAGGAGGAAGAUUUGUUGUGA